UUUGGGGCAUAGAAAUAUUUUCUUUUCUUUUCCUGUAUAUAUAUAUAAAUUGUUUCCCUACAACAACUACAGGUGUAGCCCUAAUUAGCAACGGAAGCGCCCAAAUCAGACUUACAGUUGUUAGUUUUGAACUGAUAAUUCUGUUAGGAAGCUUAUCUUGUUAGAGGAAAUUAUGAUGGAAAUCAAUUCAGAAGUAAAAGAAAGCUCCUUAAUUUUGAUUAAGCAAGGUGCCGAGGCUAGAGUCUUUGAGACAUCUUUUGUGGGAAAGAGGUGUAUAGUUAAGGAACGGUUCUCAAAAAAAUAUAGGCAUCCAAUUUUGGACACAAAGCUCACUCUCAAACGAUUAAAUGCGGAGGCCCGAUGCAUGACUAAAGCUAGGAAGCUAGGGGUUUUAACUCCAGUUCUUUAUGCUGUUGAUGCUAUAUCGCAUUCUCUGACAUUUGAAUAUGUGGAAGGCCCUUCGGUCAAGGACGUACUUCUCGAUUUUGGAUUACAUGGUAUAGUUGAAGAAAGAAUGAAUGACAUUGCGAUUCAGAUUGGUCGUGCAAUUGGCAAGCUCCAUGAUGGUGGCCUUGUUCAUGGCGAUUUGACCACAUCAAACAUGUUAAUCCGCAGGGAUACCAAUCGAUUGGUAUUGAUUGAUUUUGGUCUGAGCUUUACAUCAACCCUUCCAGAAGAUAAAGCAGUAGAUUUAUAUGUACUUGAACGAGCGUUGCUUUCUAUGCACUCUUCAUGCGGAAAUGUGAUGGAUAAGAUACUUGCUGCAUACAGGAAAUCCUCCAAACAGUGGUGCUCAACAUUGAAUAAGCUUGCCCAAGUGCGACAAAGAGGUAGAAAGCGUACCAUGGUUGGAUGAGCUGUCUCAACAAUCUACUCCAUAUAUAGGUAGGAUGAAUUGUUGUGGAUAGUGUUAAUGGAAUGUGUUUAGCAUACACUGGUGUACUUGUGAUAUAUUUCUCAGUUAAAACCUCUAUUAUUUAUGCAUUAGCUUUCUUUCAUUUAAUCUUCUUGGCAGAGAGGACCUGAGGUUGAUAUACAAGCUUUACAAAAGUAUUCUAAGACGUAAAGUUGUGAACAAGAGCUGCUUAUGAUAUAUAUCCUGGCUUAGAUUAUCAAUCGACAUGAUCUUUCUGAUACUCUUUCCAUGUCUUUUGCUUGAUGUUUGAGCUAAAAAGCUCUAUAUAAACCAGUCUUAUUGAAGUUUCAUAGAUUAACUAAAAUACUUAAAGAUUGGGUGCAGCAUUAAAACCUCAAAUAAUUUUUCCACUUGAAGUUACCUCCUAAUUGUUGUUCAAUAGCAGCUCUACCUUUCAAAGAUCUACAAUGACCUCUUCGAUAUAGUUCUAUAGUUGUUCAAUUGCAAUUUGUUGGUUAGGCUGUUGCGUACUUUAGUACCUCUAUAUUGAUUCUACAGCUACCCCGAGCAUUGCUGGGCAGGAAAACAAUUAUGUUGCUGGAUAUUGACAGGAAUAUGAAAGACAUUUAUGUUAUGGUUGAGCAGUGAUGCAGCUUUGGUGAUGAAAUAUUUGGAUGUAUCCCGUUAUGCAUUAGUUAUUACUAUUAUUCUGAUAUUUUAUAUACAGUGAAGAGGGAUCCUUUUUUAAGUGUGUGUCUCAAUUAUAACGGUGAUUAAAUUCAGUUUAAACUGGUGCAAAUUUCACUAUUAUUAGCAA